AUGGUGGAUUGCAAACCUAUUUCCACUCCUUUUUUGGUGGGAUCUCAUCUAACUGAAUCUAGAACUGCUCAUUCUGAUGCUACUCAAUUUCGAUCACUUGCAGGAGCUUUGCAAUAUUUGACUCUUACCCGACCUGAUUUAUCUUACAAUGUUAACUCUAUAUGUCAAUAUAUGCGUGCCCCUACUACUGAUCACUUUCGUGCCUUGAAGCGUAUUUUACAAUAUGUUAAGGGCACCUAUCAUUAUGGCUUACAACUCUCGCGAGAUUAUUCUUUGACUUUGCUUGGUUAUUUUGAUGCAGAUUGGGACGGAUGCCCUGUUACCCGGUACUCUACAACAGGCUAUGCUGUUUAUUUCGAUCGAAGUCUCAUCUCGUGGUGUUCAAAAAAGCAAACUACUGUUGCUUGCUCAAGUGCUGAAGCCGAAUAUCAUGCUCUAGCCUUUGUUGCUGCUGAACUUUCCUAG